AUGGCUGAAGAAUACAUGUUAUCCCCCAUGAGCGACGGUAAUUCUCAGCCAAACAAACCAGCUCGAGCAUGCGACCGAUGUUACCAGGUCAAGGAGCGAUGUCAGUGGUCUACUCCAAGCAAAUCGUGUGUGCGAUGUCGAAGACUGGACUUCACAUGCACUACUGCUCGCCCCAUUCGGCCUGCUGGUCGUCGGCCGCGAAAAUUCCAGCAUUUGAAAUAUACUGUUCCGGCUUUGACAACAGCGUUAACGCCAAAUCCACCAACCAGUGCUUACGACCACGCGAUUUCGCCUUUUCCCUUUUUAGGGAAUGACUGGAUACCGAUAGAAAACAAGCUCAUCCAUUUCAUGCUGGAUAGCAGUCAAGUUGACAAACUCGACGGUUAUGUACUAACGCCUCGCUUCCAGAAUGAAGAGCGGCGUUGGCUGGUGGACUCGCUAAGGACGUCCUUCCCAACUCUCAAAGAUAUUUAUGUUGCAUGCGCCGGAUCGCUUCUGCAGGUCCUUGAAGGGGAGAACGAAACUGCUGCAUCCUUACGAGACCUGUGUAUCCGACAUGCCUCGGCAGCAGUAACUAAACUGCGUUACCUCUCAGUUACCAAUCGGGAAGAUGCUAUUAUAUGCUUGAAUCUCGGCAUUGGUCUGGCGACAUUCGGAUAUUCGGCGCUUGGGGCCAAUGUAUCUGGCAUCUGUCGGUAUUGCCUCAACUUGAUCAGACCGAUUAUAGAGACAGAACCCUUAUCCAACGCCGAGAUGCAGUCAUUGCUAUACUGUCUCGUGUUUUUUGAGACUAUGGACUGCCUCGCAACUCGACAAGUGCCCACUAUCAAAGUCACUGUGCCGUUCCCUACGAUGGUCGACCGGUUUAUUGGCCUCAGUUACCCCUUGCUUCCAAUAUUCUACGACAUUUGCCUUGUCAGUAAUGAAUUGGCAGGGUAUUUACCGUCUCAAAAUGCCGAGAUAUCCCGGCGCCUGGACAAAAUUGAGACUGCCGCCAUAGAGUGGAUUCCCCCAGUUCCAUCCAACUUCCUCGGUGAAUUCCAGCCAAUGGACGCGGUGCGCAUAUUAGCUCAGGCUCGUGUAUAUCGGCUCCUGGCACUAUUGCUGAUCCACCGGCUGCGCAACCCGUUUGGCCAGAACGACCGGGAGGCUGAGCAUUGGUCUCAGGACAUUAUCAACGAGUUGGAAUUUGCCAAUCGACUAUGCAAUAAUAGACCGGUUCAUUGUGUGUCUAUGCCUUUUUUGGCUGCGGCAGUGGAAGUUACGGAGCCCGCUAUGCGUGUCAAAAUGUUGGAGCUGGUUGACACCUACAUAGACUCCUAUGGCCCUGCAGUCAGAAAGUGGGCUAGAUUUUAUUUGACAGGAAUUUGGCAGGAUCGUGAUCGAGGGCAGCCUACAUGGUGGCUGAGUUCAGACCAAAAGUCGUCCGUAGGGUUUACCAGUCUAUAA